UCAAGUACUGACGCCAAACAAUUACGUAUAGCAUCUGUAUGUUAUUAUAUCAGAGAGUCCGUUUGUUCUUGCCAUUACAGUGUCUGUAAUCAAUUUGCGAUAGUAAAUCACCUAUACAAAAUAACAGGGAAGCAUAUAUUGCAACACAUAAUAUACAAUACACAUAAUACAUCACCAACUCUCCAGCUACACCGUUUAAAAUGACCACAGUGGUGUGGCAGCACCUCUCUGACAAUGUUUCAACAAAAUCUGCCCAUCAGAAGCUUUACAAAAUAGUAGGUGUUGCAGGUCUGUUAUAUUGGAUUGCAUAAUAUUGUAAAGCUUUCCUGUUAUUUUGUCCACUCCCUACAUGCAUAUACUGAAGAAUAGGGAGGUUCAACUAGGAAUAUGAUUUUAACCAGUUUGGGAGCAAUUGAGGUUUAUUUUGAUUUACAUUUAUAGAACAGGUUUGUUGAAUUGUGGCGAUAUAUCAUCAUUAGUUGUACUUUCACAUGUGCCAAAAGUGAACUGACAUGAGUAUCAGUCCAGUUGUGGUAAGCGCUGACAUGUUGCAGCUCUUCCUCAUUUUAAUGAGUGAGUGUUGCUGUUUGAAAGGCUGGUUUCCUGAAUGUGUCAUGAUCCGUUUCAGUUGCAUCGAGCAACAGCCUCUUACACUGCUGGGCGUAAAGACAUUGACUUAAAGUUGAGCAGAUUCACCAACAGGGACUAUUUUUGACCACUGCCACGAUGACAUUACAAUUUAAAGAUGCCUUUUGGGGAGAGGACUUCAUCAGUAAUAUUGGGUAUGAGAUUAUCAGUCAGAGACUUCAUGACGGUCGACGGACAUGCAAAGACAUGGAGGAGCUCUUGAAAAUGAGGGCAUCAGCAGAGGAGAAAUAUGGCAAAGAACUGGUCACAAUCGCCCGCAAGGCUGGGGGUUUUUAUGAGAUUUGCACUUUGAAAACAUCUUUUGAUGAAAUGAAAAGACAAAUUGAAAAUGUAGGAAACUUGCACAUUCAGCUUUCUGGAUUCCUAAAGGAGGAGGUGAAAAGAAUGGAGCAGUUCAGAGAGCGACAGAAAGAACAGAGAAGAAAGUUUGAAGGCAUCAUGGAGAAGGUCCAGAAGACAAAAGUCUCCCUCUACAAGAAAACUAUAGAAUCUAAAAGAUCCUAUGAGCAGCGCUGCAAGGAGGCAGAUGAGGCAGAGCAAAUCUCAGAGAAGAUGGGUCCCACAGCCACUCCCAAACAGAUCGAGAAGAUGAACAACAAAUCCAAACAGUGCAGAGACGCUGCAGAAGAGGCUGAGAAACAGUACAUGUCAAACAUUGAACAACUUGACAAGACUCGUCAAGAAUGGGAAUCAACACACAUCAACACUUGUGAGGUGUUUCAGCAACAGGAAGAGGACCGCCUCAAUGUGCUAAGGAAUGCUUUGUGGGUGCACUGUAACCAUUUAUCAAUGCAGAGUGUGAAAGAUGAUGAGUGUUACGAGGAUGUGAGGAAAACAUUGGAAAAGUGUUGCAUAAUCACAGACAACAACUGCUUUGUGGAGAUGAAAAGCACUGGCUCAACCCCCCCAGCUCCAAUUGAAUACCAAAAUUACUACGAGAGGGAUGCCACGGCUGAAAGAAAUGGCACUGCUGGAUUCGUAGGAGGAGUCAUGAAAAGGUUUUCAAAUCUUCUGCAGGGGAACUGUUCCAGUGGCUCCAAAAUGAGCAUCAAUGAACUAGUUGCACAACCUACUGAAACAUCAGAAGGAGUAUAUGCUUCCAUUCCUGGACAUCCGGUGACCCAGCUGAGCAGUGACCAGUACAUGGCCUUGUAUGACUAUGAGGCACAGGGGGACGAUGAGCUCUCUGUAUCUGUUGGGGACAUUAUGGUUGUCAUAGAUCAAGGUGAGGACGGCUGGUGGACGGUACAACGAAAUGGACUUACUGGAUUGGUUCCAGGCUCUUACCUUGCCAAAGAAUGAGUUUAGCUGACAGCCAUACUGUAUGUAGGACUGUAUGACUACUACAUUUCCUCAUGUAAUAUUUUGCCUUGUCAUUUCAAAUGACCUUAUAGUUUGAUCUUAUCUGUUGUUCAUAUUUCUGUUACAUGCAUCAUUAAAGCCCCUAUGAGUAGGAUUUGAUCAUUUCCAACUUUGGCACCCGCUAUGUUAGUAUCAUAAAGGACUGUGGCAGAGAGUACACCCCAUAGUUGUGACCCUGAUACCUAGAGAUGGGCAGAUGAUAUUGAAGCUUGUUUCACUCCUGUGAAGCGCACUACUUCAACACAUUGUGAUAGAGCUUUUGUCAAAUGGGUAAUAUCAUGUGACUGAUGACAUCCGAAGCUUCAAACGUCACUGGUGCUUUGGAAAGUGCUUCAUUCAGUUUGACAGUUUUCAGUUAAAGUAUGUGAUCUGCACAUUAGUGGGAUAAGAAGAGAGGAGAAUAAUUGAGAAAUAUGCCGAUGUACAUUAGAAAGACAAUCAUAAGUAUGAGAACAUUUCUUCCCGAUACCAAGUAAUAAUGUAAUAAAAGUAAUUUAAUGAAAUAUCACUCACCAAUCACAUCACGACUAUGAAAUGUCACAUAAAUAUCAACGAUGAAGUUUAAAAACAUGAGCCCACGGUGGCACUCGGACUAAACUACACCAAAAAGGUACAUUAAUGUUUCGUGUCAGCAAAAAUAUUUUAUCUAGGCUUUUUGGACAAUGCAUAAUUAUUUUACUGUAACAGAGAAAUAUGGCGAUGCACAAUAACAUCUAUAUUUAGUACAGCACUUCUGAACAAAGGUAUACAGAUUUAAUAAUAACACGUAGGCUUCUUGGACUUUUAUUGCACACAAGACUAAAAGUGUUAAUAUCAGCGAUGUGUGGUGGUGCUUCGGCCCCAGUCUUGAAGGGCUGCUAUGACUUUACUGUGUUUGCUGAGUUUGAAGCCCCGAAACUUCAAAUCUUUUUCGGCACAAAUAGAAAGAAAGCCCCAAAGCUUCAUAAGGCUUCAUCUGCCCAUCACUACUGAGACCAUGUGAAUGAAGGGCUGACUGUUCCAAUUUUUAUGAUUGUCUUGUUUUUCUUCAAAAACUCAUGCCAUUAGAAUAAUUUGAAAGACACCUUUAUCAUGUAAUAAUCCUACAGAUAGGGGCUUACACAUACAAUAGCAUGAGACAUCGUUGAAUGGUGAAUUAUUUAUUACUAUGGCACAUAUUCACAUUACUUUGCCCUUACUGCUUGUGUGUUGAGUGCUCCUCAUACCAAUGACAGCUGAGAGACUUAGUGAUCUUUUCCACAAGGUCAAUGCACUAAGUUUAUGCAUAUACUGUGGUAUUUUUGUAUAUUUGAGGUCCUAAAUGUUGAUUUCAAUGUGUUAUUGUUUCUAUUCUGAAUGCCAAAAAGUGUGAAUAGUGUGUUUACUGUAUUUGUAUUUAUUCAAUAUUAAAGACAAAUCUUCAGGUUUUAAUUUGUUUUUUGCACACCAUCAAUGCUAAUUAACAAAACUGAACAUGUGAUGAAACCUCAUUGCCCUAUUGUUUCUCUCAUGCCCCAUUUUCUGUGGAUAAAUACUGUAGAUUAUAAGAAGACCAGACCAGAACAAUCCAAACAAAGUCGCUGAAAUACAUCCAGGAACUAUUCUUGCUGUGCCUGAGCAGUCUGCUCUCUUUGGUUCAAAGGUAUCUGGUUACUCUGCUACGGGUGAUGCAUUGCUAACUCUAAUCAAGUCUAUCAAGUAACCAAAGCUGAGCCCUUUUACCUACAUUUUAUGAAGAUCCAAAAUGGUUGCUCUGUGGUCACAAGAUGUUCCAGAAGCAGACACAACUAGGCCUAAUGAUUGCAGUAAGAGUUAUAAUAUUCAUACACGUUACAUUUUGAGCCCAUGGUAAUCUAGGACCUUGUUUGAAAACGUAAAGCUACAAAGCAUAAAAGAUAGACAAAGAUCAAAACAUCUGACUAAAUAUGUGAACCCCUUACACCCCUCCCUCAUGGGAAACACCUGAACUUUGACCUCUCUUUUUUGGGACCAAGUUGACCUUUCCAUCCGACGACAGCCAGUGAAUAUGAGCUUUGUCAGUAUAGAUAAAAAAGUCACACUUGGUGCAGUAACUUCAUCUCUUUGUAAAGAUGUGAAAUUUCUGUCUGAGAAAUUAAAACAAUAAAUCAGAAAACACACUCAUUUAAUUUCAAACUUUUCCCACAAUUUAUUUACAUUUUUGAGUCUUGCCAUUGCUACAUAUCAGCAAAUCAAAUCCUAAAACUACCAUCAGUAGACUGUUGAGACAAAAACAAACAAAACUGCUAGAGGACAAAGUAUCUAGAGUUAAGAAUGCAUUACUACUUGAAAAAUCCCACAUACUGAAGGGGAUUACAAGGUUUGAUUCUUAAACGAAAGAUCAGCAAAAGUUAAGUUACAUAGUAUUACUCAAAAACUUGCUGUGCCAUUGACUUGGGCUAUGGUGUCCACUAUUUCUUGACAGAAUACUGCUGCUGAAAGGUGAGAAUUUAACCCAAACUGAGCUGUAAUAGUAGUAGUAGUAGUAGUAGAAGUAGAAUAGUAGUUGCAGUAGUAGUGAAGGUACAAGGUAAAAUUAUAGUCUUUCAUUCAAGUACAUGACAGAUUUAAAUAUAAAAUAUUCAAAUCCAUACACAUAGUGCAAACUAACAUAUAA